AUGAGUUCUAUAAAUAUUGAGUCAUACUUAGAAAAUGAAAUAUUAGUAAUAACAAAUGAUAGCCGAAUAUUCACAGGAAAAUUAAAAGGCUUCGAUCAGACGACAAAUAUAAUUUUAGGAAAUUGUCAUGAGCGAAUAUAUAAAGAGUCAAUGGAAAAAAUAAGUUUGGGAGUAUAUAUAAUUAGAGGAGAUACAGUAACCCUUAUUGGAGAAAUUGACGAAGAUGUUGAUAAAAAUAUUUUGCAUCAAAAAAUUAAACCCCAAAUGUUAAAGCCGAUUGUACACUAA